AUGCCGCCCUCCCUAGGAAACGUUCUCAACGCCGGACGCGGAUAUUUGUCGGGUGCUGCCGGCUUUGCUAAGCAUAUUGCAACCCCGGGCCAACGGGCUAUAAAGGCUACAUUCUCUCCUAUUUCAGGCGCGCCUUUGGGUCGCUCUUCGCACUCGAUUUCCGUUGUGAAGGGCCGCGCGUAUAUCUUCGGUGGCGAGCUUACAGAUGGCCAGCUCGCUGACAAUGACAUGCACGUCGUCAUCCUGCCCUCGUCGGGCGUCUCCGAAGCCGACUACUACACUAUCUCCCCCAAGGCUGCCAAGGAAGACGGCGGCGUUCCAGCCGCGAGGAAAGGUCACACUGCCGUAGUCGUUGGUGACGAUAUUUUCAUAUUCGGAGGCGAUGUCGAGGGGGGUGCCGACGAGAGCGGAAGAGUAUGGGUCUUCUCGACCUCGGGCAGUAACUGGACUGCGCUUUCUCCUGCAAAUGCCGAGGCGCCUGUGCCUCAGUCGAGAGCGUUCCAUGCCGCAGCUGCGAGCGAAGAGCCUGCUCCCAAGGAGACCAAGACCGAACAGACCAUCCUCCCCCAACAACCCCCGGACCCUUCGCAGGUUGUGCCCGAACCGCCUGAGCCCGGAACGUGGGGAACCGUCUUCAUCUCCGGCGGCAAGGCCGCCGAUGGCGAGCUCAUUCACGACCUAUGGACGUUUGACAUCCGCUCGAGGAUUUGGAAUAAGUUGGCUUCACCGCCUGGCCCUGCCAGGAUAGGCGCUAGCCUCGUAUGUGUUGGCACUCGUCUAUACCUGUUCGGCGGUGUCAAUACUACUGAGCCUGUCCCCGCUGGUGUUUCCCACUUCGAUGUCAGUGGCCUGUGGAGGUUCGCCGAGUCUGGUGGUCCUCCUGCUAGGACGCUCUCUGGCGAUUGGGAGACAAUCGAGCACGAAGAGGGCGCUGGACCCGCCACCCGUUCUGGCGCUGCUUUGGUCGAAGUCACUGCCGGAAAGUCGGGCCACUACCUGCUGCUUGUUGGCGGUUUGAAGCCGGACGUUCAGGAAGGCGGUCUGUCCUACCUCGACGACAUCUGGGCCUUCCAACUUCCCACUACGGUCGCUGCUACUCCCGCGAAGGCCCCGGCGCAGAGCACGGUGAAGCUGGACACAAAGGACGCACAUUGGACCGAGGUGCAAUACCAGUACAUGAACGAAGAUGGUGACAUCGUCCCCGACAGACCUGCCAGUCUAGCUGGAACGAAGGGUAUGGAUGCCCGUAUCGGCUUUGCGGCCACCAAGGGCACCGAGGUUGAAGGUGCGAGUGUCAUCGUCUGGGGUGGCGCGGAUGAAAGCGGCAAGAUCCUUGACAACGGCUGGAUGAUCACUGUUGACCGGUGA